CACUUAGAGGUUCAGUUGCUCACCGAUCAGUAUGGCAAUGCCAUCUUUUCAUUUGGAUGUGAUUGUUCCAUUCAACAUCACCACCAGACGACUAUUGAGGAAGUCCUGGCCAUCAUUGCUAAGGAGGAUGCCUUUGAGCAGAUGAAAUGUGCAGCAGUACAGUUGGCGAGGCUAGUCGGAUAUGUCAGCGCAGGAACAGUUGAAUUCGAGUAUCUGAUGUCUAAAAUGGUUUCUGGUGUCAAUUUACCUGCUGCCCGACUACAGGUAGCCAUGGGUAUCCCUCUCCACAGGAUUUGUCAUAUCCACAUUCUUUAUAGUGGUCAUGUUAUUGCAGUUCGUAUCACUGCCGAGAACCCUGACACUGGAUUCAAACCUUCAUCUGGAUCUUUGCAAGGGCUCGACCUCUGUUCCAGUAAGAAUGUGUGGGAUUACUUCUCCGACGGCACUGCAGGUGGUUACACACGAAGGCACAGAGCAAGCCAAAACUAA